AUGACGCCGUCUCCUCCUCCUGCUGCGCCACUACUCCCAGGCCCUUCUAUCUCCCCUGAUGUCUUGGAGCGUGCUCUUCUUGAGAUGACCCGGCUGCGAGAGGAUCUUCAGGGCGCCGACCCCCAUCUGGUGGCUGGGCGCAUGGAGCUGGUCUCUGGCUGGCUCCAUUCUGACGUGUCCGUUCGGGCGGCACCGAGCCAGGCUGCGGCGACCUCUGAGAAGGAGAGGCAAGCUGCCGCCCAAGCAGUAGCUGCUCACAAAGCCGCGCUGAAGGAUGCUGAGACCGCCCAGGAUCGCUGCCGUGCGCUGGAGGCCGAGCUGAAGAAUUUAUGCAACCUGCGCGCGGAAGAAGCUCGUGGCCGCCAGAUGGAGGAGGAGAAGAUGAAGGCCCGGGAGGAUGCCAUCAAGGAUCACGACGCUGAACUGGGAGAGUUGGCGAAGGUGCAGGCCGCGGAACGCAACCGGCUGGAGGAGCUCGAGCGGAAGGACCGCGCGGCCUUUGCGCUCCUCGAGAAAAGGUCCCGCGUGGCGCUGAAGGCACUCUAUGAGAAGGGCUUGGAGAGGCCACUGACCACCGACAAGGACGGCCCUGCUCAGCUGCUUCCCUACUUGGUUGACGCGCUUGAGGAGGUUGUGGUCGGCAUUGGUCCCAUGGAGGAGGAAGAAGCCCGCGUCCUUUCCUCGGCCGCGCUGACGCGUGUCUUCAGCCACCUCCAUCUUCGCGAUCCUGCUGCCCGCCUUGAUGAGCUACUGGAGCCUGUGGACGACGAGCGUUGUGUGGCCGCUGCUGCAGCCGUGAAGGGCCAGGUGGAGGCCCUACUGAAGAAGUUCCGCAACUUCACUCUCGCGCCUUCGACCGGCGGCGCUACCGAUCCUGCAGCUCCGGCUAGCGGUACAGGUGAAGGCGACACCACCAAGGGAGGAGCACCUUUUGCGGGCGACGGCAGUGUCCAGGGGUGA